UGGAAUUGGGAGGAAGAGGGAGAGGGAGACCGGGACGAGACCGGGGCCGUGGUGCGGAGAGAGGCUGAGACUGAGAAGAGGAGAGGGAGAGAAGGCGCGGGGACCGUCCUUAGCUACAAUCUGUCAGCUACCCCCAGGAGAGAGAAGGGAGAAGGGAGGAGGCCGGGGCGGGAGUGAGGGCUGUCACCCUCGGACCCCGGCGUGAGAGGGGCCGUGCGGCCGGACGUCCUCGGGGUGGGCCCCCUGUCGGUGGCCGAAGACCUGGGGCUCAGGCCCUUCGGUCGCGAAUUUCCGGGCUUGACCCCUCGCUUCUCAAAUAUCCGGGUAUCAGCCCCUCAGACCCAACAUAUCCAGGACUCGGGUCCCAACCUCUCUAAACCUGGGGCUCUGUUUCAUAGGAUUUCAAAAAUCUGGGGUUCAGGCCCCUGCGUGCACCAGUAUCCGGGGUUCAUUCCCCGCGCGUUCAGAUAUCAAAUUCAGCCUCCCUUCGUUCAAAUAUCUGGGGUUCAGACCCCACAACCAGAAAUCCGGGAUUCAGCAACUGUCGCCCUCGAGGAGGAGGAGGACUGGACCGCGAGGUCAGAUCAGGUUGUCACCCCCUCCCCUCCAGGGGAGGCUUCCCGGGCCCGCCCCUCAGGAAGGGCGAAAGCCGAGGAAGAGGUGGCAAGGGGAAAGGUCUCCUUGCCCCUCUCCCUGCUUGGCAGAGCCGCUGGAGGACCCCAGGAGGAGGCGGAAGCGCUGGGGCACCAUAGUGACCCCUACCAGGUCAGGCCCCACUCUCAGGGCCCCCAGGGGCCAUCAUGCCAGCUGGGGGCCGGGCCGGGAGCCUGAAGGACCCCGAUGUGGCUGAGCUGUUCUUCAAGGAUGACCCUGAAAAGCUCUUCUCUGAUCUCCGGGAAAUUGGCCAUGGCAGCUUUGGAGCCGUGUACUUUGCCCGAGAUGUCCGGAAUAGUGAGGUGGUGGCCAUCAAGAAGAUGUCCUACAGUGGGAAGCAGUCAAAUGAGAAGUGGCAGGAUAUCAUCAAGGAGGUGCGGUUCCUGCAGAAGCUCCGGCACCCCAAUACCAUUCAGUACCGGGGCUGUUACCUGAGGGAGCACACGGCUUGGCUGGUGAUGGAGUAUUGCCUGGGCUCAGCUUCUGACCUUCUAGAAGUGCACAAGAAGCCCCUUCAGGAGGUGGAGAUUGCAGCUGUGACCCACGGGGCCCUUCAGGGCCUGGCUUAUCUGCACUCCCACAACAUGAUCCAUAGGGAUGUGAAGGCUGGAAACAUCUUGCUAUCAGAGCCAGGCUUGGUGAAGCUGGGGGACUUCGGCUCUGCAUCUAUCAUGGCACCCGCCAACUCCUUUGUGGGCACCCCAUACUGGAUGGCUCCGGAGGUGAUCCUGGCAAUGGAUGAGGGGCAGUACGAUGGCAAGGUGGAUGUCUGGUCCUUGGGGAUAACCUGCAUUGAGCUGGGUAAGGACGACAUCCUCUGUUCCUUCGUCCUUUUUUCUUUCCACUCCUUUCUCUUUCUCUUACCAUCCCCAUACCAUCUCAUCCUCAGGUUUUCAAGCUCCUGUCCAUUUUGACUCUACCCUUGAUCCCCUAUUCAGGUAGCUGUCAAAUCCUGCCAGCUCUUAGACCUGAAGAUUUCAGAGCAUUCUUCCCUUCCUGUCC